GUAUUUCACCAAUAAUUACACAGGAUAAGGGCUGCUCUUCAAGUGCGUGCACUCCCCUGUCCUUCUCUGCCACUGUGAGGACUGGAUGGACAUUUGUGUAUGAGAACCGGUGCUGCACGAGCAAGGAGUGUAACAAAGCCGACAUCCAACUGUCUCCAGUGUCCAAGGAAGAAAAUGGCAUUGUAUGUCCUGCCUGCUUCUCUGAGAAUGGCACGUUCUGUAGCCCACAGCCCCUCAAGUGCACAGGGGCAGAGACGAAGUGUGUCGAGGUUAUAGGCAAAG